AUGGCUCCUCUGUCGUACUCCAAGACCGCCAAGGUCCCCCGUCGCCCCUUCGAGGCCGCUCGCCUUGACUCUGAGCUCAAGCUCGUCGGUGAGUAUGGUCUGCGCAACAAGCGUGAGGUGUGGCGCGUGCUGCUCACCCUCUCCAAAAUUCGUCGUGCUGCCCGUCAGCUCCUGACGCUUGACGAGAAGGACCCCAAGCGCCUGUUUGAGGGUAACGCUCUGAUUCGCCGUCUGGUGCGUGUCGGUGUGCUCGACGACUCGCGCAUGAAGCUCGAUUACGUGCUGGCCCUGAAGGUCGAGGACUUUUUGGAGCGUCGCCUGCAGACGCUCGUCUACAAGCUGGGCCUCGCCAAGUCCAUCCACCACGCCCGUGUCCUGAUCCGCCAGCGCCACAUCCGCGUCGGCAAGCAGGUCGUCAACGUUCCCUCGUUCAUCGUCCGUCUCGACUCGCAGAAGCACAUUGACUUCUCCCUGAAGUCGCCCUUUGGCGGCGGACGCCCCGGCCGUGUCCGGAGAAAGAAGGCCAAGGCCGCCGAGAAGGGCGACGGCGAGGAGGAGGAGGAUGAGGAGUAA